AUUGAUAAUUAAACCUAUGAAAAACAACAGUAUGUAAACCUUAUUAAUAUUAAUCAUUAUAACAAAUUCAGUAUUCAAAUAUAAAAGCAAAUAAUUUGCAAUGCAUUCAUGGACCUAGGAAUAUAAGGUUUGAGUUUGAAGCACAGAAAAUGCACUACGGUUUGGGUUUUAGGGGAUUUGAUCCCAAGUUAGGCGAAAUUAGGUUAGUUUACACAAAGUAACGUUUUCAUGAACAGGAAUUCUGGAAACUUAUAUAAACUUGUAUCUACAUAUUAUUAACAACAAUUAUCCAGUGUCAUCAGUAAUGUUUUAAUAUUUAGUAGAAAGGGAUGGUUUCCACUCGAGGACCAAAAUUCAAAUUCUGUGAUGGUGAAAAAGUUUUAUGUUAUGAGCCAGAUCCUACUAAAGCAAAAGUAUUGUACGACUCAAAGUGCUUUGUAUGAAUUUCAGGUACUUGAUGUCAUAGUUAAUAAAGAUCAAAGAGGAAGAAAAGCCGUUGAAUAUUUGAUACACUUCCAGGGAUGGAAUUCAUCAUGGGAUCGUUGUGUAACAGAAGAAUAUGUACUAAAAGACACAGAAGAAAAUCGCCAACUCCAACGUGAUUUGGCACAAAAAGCACAGCUUCAGUUAGGAGCUUAUUUAUAUCGACGGGAGCGUAAGAAACGAAGCCAUAAAUUAUCUGAACGCUUACAUGAAGCAGAGCAUCAAGAACCACGACGGAGAGCGAGAAGUGGUGGUAGUCGAGCAACAUCUGCAACAACUGGAUCAUCAGAGGAUGGCAGUUCAGGGCAACAUGCUGAUUAUGAUACAGAAGGAGUAAAUACUGAAGAAGACACAGAAAGUAGUUCUGAUUAUGUUGGUGAAACAAGUGAUGAUGAAGAUAGUGGUGGUGGCAGUCAAUCUGGUGUAAGACCUGGAAUUGAUCUUGAUAUUGGUACUACUUUAAGAAGAAUUUUGGACCAAGAUUACGACCUAAUUACCAAUAAAAAUAAGCUAGCUGUUCUUCCUGCACAACCAACUGUUGCAAAUAUUUUAGAAUCGUGGGUACAACACUAUACUACAACACAAUUAACAAACAUUCCAGAGAAACCUCAACGUAAUAAAGCAAAUAAUACUAUAGAAAAAGCAAUUAAUGAAAUAAAUAUAUGCAGGGAAGUCGCAGAUGGGUUACGAAUAUACUUUGAUUUUACGUUACAUGAUCUCCUUUUAUAUAGGCAAGAAAAAGAACAAUAUUGUAAUUUAAAAUCUUCCUUCUUGUAUAAUGAAUAUCCAACACUUGUUAAAGAAGAACCAAUUGAACAUUCUGAAGUAUUAGUUAAAGAGGAAUAUGAAGAUACUGAAUAUGCUCAUUUACCACCAUUCCAAGAACAUGAACAAGAAACAGAUACAUCAAAAAUAUUAACAAAUUCUAAACGAAGAUUAAGAUCGUGUAGAGUGAGCUCCAUUGAUGAAAAUAGACCAUUGAAAUUCUAUGAAGAAAUUAAACAAGAUACAGGAAAUAUGUCGAGUAUUGCAAGUACAAGUUCUCGUUGUUCUAGCCCGCGUGGAGUAACAUUAAGAAUACCAGUUGUUACAUCCGCACAAAUCAAUGCCUUGCUUCAGCAAUCAAACAAAUGGAGAUUAAUGCCUGAACGUUCGAAAUCUGACAGUCCUCCAAAUCCUUCCACCUACUAUGGUGCUAUUCACCUGACCCGAUUAUUCGUUAAAUUACCAGAUUUACUCCAAUUAACAGAUAUACCACACAAAAAGUUAAAGGUUCUUUUAAAAUAUUUGGACAUGUUCCUCAGUUAUUUAGAAAUGCACAGAGAAUGGUUUGGAGAACAAUUCUAUAUGCAAGCAGAAAACCAAUUGAUUUCUCAAGAAAAUAACUCGUAACCUAAUAAGGUUAAACCUUGUCCUUUCUUUACUCAUCUUCAAGUACGAUUGUGCGUAAGUUAUGUAGAUAUUUGUGGGAGUUGUACAGGAAGAGCAUAUACUUGUCAAGUCAAUAUAAAUGAGUCUUUAUAUUGAUCAUCAAAAGUAUUAAUUGAUAUGCGUUCAAGAUACGUAGUCGUUAUGUAUAUUAAAAUUAUAACGAAGAUCGCAUAAUUAUUUUUGUGAAGUAAAAGACUGUAAACUAAACAUCAUGAUAAAAGCCCAAAUAAAAAUAUAAAAU